AUGGCGCCCGGCGACGUCAAGGACCCUUCCGCGGCGCCUCAGGCCCAAGAGCCACCCCCCGAGAAACCAUCCGACGCUUCAAGGAGAACCCGGAUCGUCAUCUCCUUUUGGCUGCUUGUCCUCUGUCUUGGUGUGCCGAUAUGGUGGAAGACUACAACUAUCUAUCGCGCGAAUCUUCCCCUCGAUGGGAUGAUGCAAUGGGCUGAGGGAAAAGCUUGUCGUCCUGUGUUCCCCCUUCAGAUCUCUGUCAAGGCCGAUGCGCUACAGGAAAACGAAGCGCAGAAUCUUGUGCGAUUGACACAGCACGCUCUCGACGAUCAUAAUGAUUUCUCCGGUCACCAUCUCCGUCUUCAACUCGCUCCCAAAGGCGGCGCUUCACCAUCGCCCGCUGUCGACGACGAGUCGCACGUCGCCUUGACGAUCCAGCUUGCGCCUGGCGAGAGCAACUCUGCUUCUCUCGACUCCGACUCAGCUAUUCUCAAUAUCGCCUAUCCCUCCAACGCAGUACCAUCCGCUUCGUCUUCCUCCUCCGCCCUCGCGACCUACAUAGCCAAUGAACUCCAAUCGACCUUUCGAGAAGAACAGUCCAUCAUCUCCUACCUCCUUUCGACGUCUUCGGCUCUCGAUGCGAAGCCCCAAGGUCUGACCCCCGAGAUUGUCGAUAUGCUCUCCAAGCGAACCACGCGAUCCCUCCGAUACUCGCCUACCUACCAUCUUACUUUCUCGCUCUUUACUGCUGGCGCUACACCCGGCACGUGGGAUAUCGAAAAUGCGAUCGAGGAAUAUAUGAAGCCCAUGCUUGAUGUGCUGGGUCCUAUUCACAAUUUUACAAUCGAUACUCAGGUGCAGCUCUAUGCUACACCAGGCGCCCAAUCUCAGGUGUUGAGCAAGGAAGACCUGGCGUCUUUCAUCAAUGCUGCCGAGUGGCCUUUGUCGCCUUCCAUUGCAGGCGCCCCGACUGUCAACUUUGUUAUCUACAUUGGUGAUCAGAAGAUUGGCCUUAAUUCGGAGGCUGAGACAGCUCAGUCGUGGAUGUUUCCCCAGUGGGGUAGCGUGUAUCUUCUCAGCCUUCCCGAGACAACGGCCCAUGUGUCGAGUGAGACGCUGAAGCAGCCGAUGUUGACCUUUACUGGACACUUGCUGUCGCUCUUGGGUACUCCUCAAUCGGGAUCCCUGCCUCUUAGACUGUCUACACUUUCUCGUAUCAGAUCAGCAGAUCUACUACUCCGUGCUUCAUCAACGUUGGGUUCGUUGGCUAGACUAUCUCUUGCCCUUCCCUCUAUCUCGAUCCCACAUAGCGUUGCAGAAGGUGUCUCAUCCAGCAUGGAGCACCUUCAGCAAGCAUGCGCCAGUCUAGGUGCGCCUUCUGGACUCCUCCACGCUAGAAUCGCCGAGGAAGAAGCCGAAAGGGCGUUUUUUGAGAAGAGCAUGGUGGGUCAAUUAUAUUUCCCUGAUGAGCAUAAAAUUGCCGUUUACUUGCCCCUCCUUGGACCGGUGGGUGUGCCGCUGGUGAUGGGGUUGAUAAAUGAGCUUAGAGGGUGGAUUAAGAGGAGGAGACAGAGGGCUAAGGAUGCCGGAGAGAAGAAGGCACAAUAA